GCAGAUAAAAGAAAACUUUGUCUUUUUCUGUCACAAUAUGUUUUUGAUGGCAUUCAAUCAUCCAGUGAGGAAAGUGAUUCUGAUUCAGAGGAUACAGAAUUGCUUACUGUUAUCGGAUCCACCGAAAUGGAGCGUCAUCCUCGUCAAGUUGGAUACCUGAACGUGAUAUCUGUAUACUCUGAUGCAGAUUUUUUCAAACACUUCAGGGUAACGAGAACAACAUUCCAGUAUUUGUUGGCUUAUUUACAAGACAACAACUUCCGCUGUGAUAUAAUAUUUCAUGGGGGAUGUGAACCCAUGUCUCUCUAUGAAAUAUUGUAUAUUAAUCUACAGUACCUAGGAAAUCAAGGUUCCCUUAGGCUGCUUGCUGAUAAGUUCAAUAGAACGGACUCCUCAGUUUGCAACGUAGUUUCCCAAUUUUGCAAUUUCAUGUUUCAAAAGCAGCGGGACUUUAUCAAGUGGCCAAACAGAGAAGGAAUCCCUGCUGUGUCUAGGGCUUUUCGCAGGAAGUGUAACUUUCCUGGAGCAGUAUCUGCUCUUGAUGGUUGCCACAUACCCUUUCAUCCUGAAGCUCCAAAUCAGGUACCAUAUCGAAACUACAAAAAAUUUUGUAGUUUCAAUCUUAUGGCUGCUGCCUUACCCGAUCGGUCGUUUUCAUAUGUGUUUUGUGGGUUCCCGGGCAGUGUACAUGAUUCCACUGUAUUCCAAAGCAGUUCCUUAUUCCAUCAGCUAGAUACCGAAUGCCACCAGUUUUUUAAUCAAAAUUCAUACCAUAUCAUUGCUGAUUCCGCUUUUCCCUUAAAACAAUGGCUUAUUACACCAUUUAAAAAACUGAAUGGGUGGCUACCUAGGAGCCAAAGGAUUUUCAAUAAGAAAUUGUCUUCAACCAGAAUGGUUAUUGAACUUGCAUUUGGGGAUAUAAAAAAUAGAUUUAAACGAUGUCUAGAUAUCAACACUAGCAUUGAAAAAGGUGUUGAUAUCGUCGUGACUUGCUGUAUAUUGCAUAAUGUUUGUAUACAACAAGGAGAUCUUUUCUACGGUGGAAAGCUGGACGAGGAAUAUCUCAAUUGCAACGUGAACAACCAACCGUAUGCUGUAGGUGUGAUAGAUCGCUUGGCUGAAAGAAAACGGCAACAAAUCUGUGACUCCCUACAAUGAAGACAAAAAUAAAAAUUUGUUAUCAAUCCAUAAACUGAAAUAAAGUACGCAUUGUUCUUCAUUGUAA